AUGAGUACUGCGUUUGAUACUUUUUUAUUAGAAGUUGAAUCCUUAAAGGCUCUUUCGUCUUCCAUAUUACUUCCUUUUAUAAAUUCGCGGUUAGUUUUGGAAAAUGAAUUUGAAGAUUUAAAAGUAGAUGAGGAAUCUUGGGUUAAGAAAGUGGAAAAAUUAGUCAGUUUGGAACAACAGAUAUACGAAUAUCAAAUACGUAGAACAUUAGAAAAUAUUGAGGAAACAUUAGAUACACUUCAGGAUCAAAUAAAUCAAACACUACAAAUAUAUUCUCCAAUUCUAAAAUACAAAAAAUAA